GGAGGGAAGAGGGGCGGGAGUGCGCACUCUUCAUACUCGUCCCACCGUCUCGUCCCCGCGCGCGCAUUUGACGUCACACGAAGAAGUCGCAGCUAUCAUGUCGGACGCAGCAGAUUCGCCAUAAUCCUGACCCGCUGGCCUAGUUUAGUCGAGUUUUUAAUCACUUCUAUUUCCCAGAGCUUCCGAGCCUUUUAUCCGUUAUGGAGGGGCCUUCGACAGGAAAUGUCUGGCUUAAUGGGUAAGAAUCAAAGGGUGAGAGAAGAGGUGGGAGAAAAGGGCAGAAUAAUAAGUCAAAGGCUUAACCAGGAGCGUGCAUUUUCCACUUUAGGGGAACAAAUCUAUCUUCAUGUGUAAGCUCUGUAACUUAUUUUCCCCGAACCAGUCGGAGCUGCUGUCUCACGUCUCCGAGAAGCAUUCAGAGGAAGGGAUUAAGGUGGACGACAUCAUUAUUCCACUCAGACCUCUCACAACGCCCAGCAAUCUUAAUAAAAAUGGAGAAGAACUCCUUGUUGUGAAAAGAAAAAGAGGCAGACCAAAGGGAUCAACUAAGAAAUGCUACGUUGAUGAAGAAUUGGCAGAAAGCAGCAACUGCCCUCCAAAUGAAGAUGUGCCACCAGGACCUGAAGAAGCGGGAGGGCAGGGAGAGGUCCCGCCUGAUAGCUUGGAGUGCCGAAAGUGCAACCGAAAGUUCUCAAAUUCUCGGCAGCUACGGAAGCAUAUCUGUAUUCUCGUUAAACCUGAAGAUACAGAAGAAGGUGAUCCAGGUAAUGAUUCUGACGUUGACCUUGACAGGAGGGAAGAUGAGCGAGAAAAAGCGCCAAAGAGGCAACGGCUCCAGAGAAGUGAGAAGAGCCUUUCUGCAAAGGACACAGACCAGGUCUCAGGAGCUAAGAAUCCUAUUAUCAGUGUGGUUUUGACAGCCCAUGAAGCUAUUCCAGGAGCUACAAAAAUAGUUCCAGUGGAAGCUGCUUCUUCUAAAACAGAGCAGCUGACUAAUCCAGAAACAGUGGUAUCAGACUCUUCUCAGCGAAGAGGGUACCAGGAAUAUGCUAUUCAGCAAACUCCUUAUGAGCAACCAAUGAAAUCAAACAGGUUAAGUGCAACUCAGUUAAAAAUCUUUACCUGUGAAUACUGUAACAAGGUAUUCAAAUUCAAGCAUUCUCUUCAGGCCCACCUGAGGAUCCAUACCAAUGAAAAGCCCUACAAAUGUUCAUUCUGCAGCUACGCCAGUGCCAUCAAGGCCAACCUGAACGUUCAUCUCCGGAAGCACACGGGAGAGAAGUUUGCAUGCGACUACUGCCCCUUUACUUGCUUGAGCAAAGGCCAUCUCAAAGUCCACGUAGAGAGAGUGCACAAGAAGAUCAAGCAGCACUGCCGUUUCUGCAAGAAAAAAUACUCGGAUGUCAAGAACUUGAUCAAGCAUAUCAAAGAAGCCCAUGACUUGCAAGACAAAAAAGUGAAGGAAGUAUUUGACGAGCUUCGCUUGAUGACCCGGGAGGGCAAAAGGCAACUGUUGUAUGACUGUCAUAUCUGUGAGCGCAAGUUCAAAAAUGAACUCGAUCGUGACAGGCAUAUGCUGGUCCAUGGGGAUGAGCGGCCCUUUGCUUGUGAGCUGUGUGGUCAUGGAGCCACCAAGUACCAAGCCCUUGAGCUUCACAUCCGAAAGCACCCUUUUGUGUAUGUCUGCAGCAAGUGCUUGAAGAAAUUUGUCAGCUCUAUCAGGCUCCGCUCACAUAUCAAGGAAGCCCACCGGGACUUGCCAGAGGCCUCUCUUUUUAACAGUUCUAUCAACCAGAGCUUCUGCUUACUGGAACCAGGAGGGGACAUCCAACAGGAAGCCCUAGGAGAGGAGUUGUCACAGACUGCAGCUGAACUCUCACUUUUAAACUCUAAGGAACUUUGCAUACUGAAGAAACCAGUUUGCACCAGUGAUUUGAAUGCUGUGGAAGGCAGCCAACAUGAUAACUCUGGUGUCAAGGACAAAACCACUUCUUCCCCUGCUUUAGAUCUUGAAGCCCCUCCUGUUGCAGAUACUGCGGAUGCCUUGUGCUCAUCUUCAACAGAACUAGUAUCUCCGGAUGCUUUCCCCGAUAGUGUGCCAGAUGGCUUCCUACAGAAAGAUGCUUCCUCUGAAUUGGCUGAAGAAAGGAUCCUCCUGGAGAAAGAAGGCGAGGUCUUUCCUGACCCCUCACAAAACACUCACAAUGAAGUCAUUCCACUUUCAGGAGAGGGGGGCGCUAAUAUAAAUGUGAAUGGCCAAGUUCCACAGUGUGCUCCUGAUGUUGAGGAGUCAGGCCAAACCAUCUGUCUUAAUACUCAGGAAGCAGAUGUGGCAACAACUGAAGAGGUAGAGACUACUGUCCAACUUCCUGCCUCUGAGUCCAGUGCAGCAGUUGUUGACAAAUCUGAUUUUUGCCCAGCUUCUUCUGAGAAUCGAACUGGAGCAGCAGCCUUUAUGCAGAUUUUGGACAGUUUGCAAAAACGGCAAAUGAACACAGCUCUCUGUGAAAAGAUCAGGAAGGUCUAUGGAGACUUGGAAUGCGAAUACUGUGGAAAACUGUUCUGGUACCAGGUACAUUAUGACAUGCACGUCCGUACUCACACUCGAGAGCAUCUUUAUUACUGUUCUCAGUGCAGUUACUCCUCCAUCACCAAAAACUGUCUCAAACGACAUGUCAUUCAGAAACAUAGUAAUAUUUUGCUGAAAUGUCCCACAGAAGAUUGUGAUUAUUCCACGCCCGAUAAAUACAAAUUGCAGGCCCAUCUGAAAGUGCACACAGACCUGGACAAAAAGAGUUAUUCCUGCCCUGUGUGUGAUAAAUCGUUUUCUGAAGACCGGCUUAUAAAAUCACACAUAAAGACAAACCACCCAGAGGUUUCAAUGAACACCAUCUCUGAGAUUGUUGGCAGGAGAGUUCAGUUGAAAGGGCUUAUAGGAAAGCGAGCCAUGAAAUGCCCCUAUUGUAAUUUUUAUUUCAUGAAGAAUGGAUCGGAUCUCCAGCGCCAUAUUUGGGCCCAUGAAGGCAUCAAGCCAUUUAAAUGUUCUUUGUGUGAAUAUGCCACUCGCAGCAAAAGCAACCUCAAAGCACACAUGAACCGCCACAGCACUGAGAAAACCCACCUGUGCGACAUGUGUGGGAAAAAGUUCAAAUCCAAGGGCACUCUGAAGAGCCACAAACUCCUCCAUACUGCUGAUGGAAAACAAUUCAAGUGCACAGUGUGUGAUUAUACUGCUGCUCAAAAACCACAACUUCUACGGCACAUGGAGCAGCAUGCUUCCUUCAAGCCUUUCCGGUGUGCACACUGCCAUUACUCCUGCAAUAUAUCAGGUUCUCUGAAAAGACAUUACAACAGGAAACAUCCCUAUGAGGAAUAUGUUAAUGCAGGCUCUGGAGAACUUCCUACUGAAGCCCUUCUCCAACAAGGUGGUAUCAAGUGCCCUGUGUGCAACUUUGUGUAUGGUACAAAAUGGGAAUGCAAUCGACACCUGAAAAACAAACAUGGGCUCAGAUUAGUGGAACGUGAUGGGGAAAUGAAGUGGGAGCAAACAACGGAGAUUUCUGACGAAGAAACCUCAUCAUAUCUCCAAAUUACAGAAGCUGGAGAUAUGCAAGGAGCCCAGGCUGCUGUUGCUGCUUUACAGGACUUGCGACAUACCUCUGAAAAUGGGGGGCGAUUUGACCCCACUGCUGUUAACAUCCUGCAGCAAAUCAUAGAGUUGGGUUCGGAACCUCAUGAUGCCACUGCUGUUGCCUCCGUUGUUGCCAUGGCCCCAGGAACCGUUACUGUUGUGAAACAGGUAACAGAAGAGGAACAGCCCACGAGCCACACAGUGAUGAUUCAGGAAUCACUGCAGCAGGCAUCAGUUGAGUUGACUGAAGAACAUCAUUUGGUCGUCUCUUCGGAUGACAUGGAGGGACUUGGAACAGUGACAGUGUACACACAGGGUGGCGAGGCUUCUGAACUAAUUGUUUAUGUGCAAGAAGCCAUGCAAGCAGUGGGAGAACAAGCUGAAGAGCAGGAACCAUCCAUCUAGGAAAUCUGGACAAAAGUCUCCAAGGAGGUGAGGCUUCGGCCCCUGCUAAACAGAAACAUUUUAUUAUCUAUUGUGUAUUUAAUGUCACUGCUGAUUCUUUGUAUGCUUAGCUUUGGAUGCAUGGGUGGUUGUUGACUGAACUAGUGGCCUUUUGCCAGUAAAUGUUUUGGUACAUACUGAGCCUUACACAGCUUACUUUUGAAAACCACUCUGCCUUUUUGCACUUUACAGAUAAUACUUUCCUUUCUCAUAAGGAACUCCUGAAGCCUCAAACUACGGAUCUGAUCAACAGAGAGAUGGAUAACAGCUUCCUUCAGGGGUUAUUAAAAACAUCUUCAUGUUAUCUGCACAAUGAGGCAAAUUACAAAACCAAGAGAUGUAACCAGUGACAACUCUAGGUAGCAUUGUGUUGCUGUCUGUUGAACUGGCUUUUAUGCACUUUAAAAUGAUUUUAGAUUCAAAAGGACACUUUUAAUGACUAGUAGAAAAGCUCAAGGAAAAAGGUUGCAAAGGACAUGGGGCAAAGCAUCAACACACAUGGCAAAGCAUUCACAAAUAUAGGCCUACCUGGAAUAGGUGGUAGAAACGGCAUUUGAAUGAAUUAAUGUCAUCCUGUCCAGCAUCAACUGUUCUCCAAUAGUUUUUCAUCUCUGCAUGUUCCAUAUUUAAACACACAUACAACCCACCCUGCUUUUUAAUCUUCUGGAAGAUAGGCUUCCUUUAUUUGCAAUUGUGAAUUUUCAAAGACCUUAAAACACUACAUGAAUUAAACAUGUUUUCCUGUAGAUUACUAUCAUUUAAUUUCAAAAGCAGAAUUAUAUUGUUAGACUGGAUGGCCUGUGUGGUCUCUUCCAAAUCUAUUAUUCUGUGAUUCUAAUUGCCUCCCAAGCAUCCAAGAUGUUUGCUUAGAUGGAACCUUAUGUGAAACGCAAAAAAAGUUCUAUCACUGUAUAUCUUUCAGAUGCAUGACCCCUACUAUAGCGUUUUAUGCUUAUGACAUCUUUAAGACGCAUAUAUUGUAAAUUUAUAGUAGAUAUUUCCCCUCUUCUAUCUGUAAAGCAUUACAGGUUGAGUAUCCCUUAUCCAAAUUGCUUGGGACCAGAAGUACCGUAUUUUCUUGAGGAUCAAGUACCAUUGAAUGUAAUGCACACCUCAAUUUUGAAGGUGCACAUUACAAUAAACUGAUUUGCCCUUGAAUGUAAUGUGUCCAACAGUACAAGCAUAGCAUGCCUGGGAAGCAGGAAACAUGAAUGAGGCCAUUUAGGAAGCCAAGCCCCUCUUGUCAGACCAAAAGCUGGCUAGCUCACCAGCCUUGCAUAAUUCCCAACUUGCCUAAUUCAUGAGACCUUCACAAGGGGGGGGGGGCAGCUUGAAGGCCUUGUGAAUGAGCCAAUUGGGCACCACAUGGGACUGAGAGUCUGGUGAGGUGAGCAAAAGACCACGAGGGCCGCCCAAGAGACAGGAUCCGCAGCUAAACUGCUGGAGCAAUUGGUUCACCAGCCUAGGACUCCUCCUCUUUCUCUGGGAAAUAUGGAGGCUACCAUCAGUGGAGGAACAGACUCCUAGCACCCCCUCACCUCUAUGUCUGGCCUGCAGGGUUCCAGGAUCCUCUGGACCUUUUGACUCAGGUGGUUUAUGUGUGCGAUUCCAACACACCAUCGAAUCUAACGCUCACCUCGAUUCUGGCAGUGUAAUUUAGCCAAAAAAAGGUGAGCAUUAGACAUGGAUAAGUACUGCAUUUUAUAUUGUGGUGGUUUCAUUUUUGUUCGUUUGUUUUGAUUUUGAAAUAUCUGUGUUUGCAUAAAUGUACAUAAUGAGAUAUCUUGGAGAUGCGACUUAAGGUCACACAUGAAAUUCAUCUAUGCUUCAUCUACACCUUAUGCACAUACCCCAAAUCUAAUUUUAUAUAGUAUUUUUAAUAAUUUUGUGCAUGAAUCAAAGAAAAAGGUGUAACCAUCUCAGCUACCCAAACAGAUUAUUUUGGAGUAUUUCUGAUUUUGGAAUUUUGGAUAAGGGGUGGUCAACCAAUAUUUCAUUUUUCAUUUUUCCUCUUUCCAAGCAAUAACAAUAAAGUCAAAUGUUUGUAGGUGUGAGACAGUAUUAAUUAAAGCUUGGGCACAUUUUUCUAUAUUAACACAUAAAGGCCUGAAUUCUGUUGUUAGUCUCAACUAGAGUAUCAGUAGGAUUUAUAUCUGUGUUGGCUUACCAUUCAACAGUUGGUUCUAUCUAGUUGAGGCUGAAUGAGGGAAUUCAGGGACUUCACUGUUGGGUUAUGUCUAAUGAUGUAUGAUCAAUGCCUUUAUUAAGCAUUAAGAACUAUUAGAAAGCCAGUGUGCCAUGGUGGUUUGAUCAUUGGACUGCAGUUUUGGAGACCAGGGUUCGAGUCUUCACUUGGCCAUGGAAGCCCAUUGGAUGACCUUCGGCAAUUCACACACUCUAAGUCCCAAAGGAAGGCUUAGAACAAAACUUGAUAGAAAAACUCGGUAAUAGGGUUGCUAUAAGUCAGAAUCAACUGCAAGACAAACAACAACAAAAACAACAACAACAACAAAAACCCAAGAGAUUUAGGGCAAUCAGGGUACUAAAGCAAUAUGCUGUUUUUCCACUCUGAUGAAUUUUGAACCAUUCUUCCCAGUAAAAGCAGAGCUCUGAAACAUAGGCUUGCAUCAUGCACUGUAGAGUGAACCAAUAUGACAUUCAGGAUGUUAUUCCCCCUCUUUUCUUCCUAAAUGAGAAAUAGAUAUCUGCCAUGAAUCUUCUAGGUUCCUUUUUAACAAGGAAACGUUGCUUUUGAGGAAGAAAAGCUGUGUGAUUUUGAAGCAGGUUCUAUCACAUUACAAUUUGUCAGUUAUCUGUAAGAUAUAAUUUGGCUCUGUCCUAAUAUGUGUUCCGACUCCAUAUCCCAGUUCUGUUGGCUUGCAGGUUGGAGACUGAAUAUAUAACAAGCAUUGAUCAGAACCAGUGCUUGAAAUAGCUACUUUUUGUACUGCAAUUGAACCACGCCUGUAGCAAUGCUGGCUGCAAAAUCCCGGAAGCUGUUUUUAAAGUAACUAUUCCAAGCUCUGAUCUGCAUCAUAUGUUUAAAAAACUGCACCCCUGAGACUCUACUGAGUAAUGAAUGUGUCACAAUUCACUUUUCCUGUACCAGGGAAAACAGAUUGAACCUGACAUCUGAAACAGGUCUACAGUUCCUGGCUCUUUUUUUCUAAUGAAUUUUGCAUUGUCAUUCUUGCGCAACAAAUGGAUAUGAUAUCCAUUGUCGUCAUAUCUAUGGAUAUGAUGACGAAGCUCUGCCUUUGAGUCAUAUACUGUGAAAGUAAUCCUCCUUGAGUAGGUAUGACAGAAUAUCAUAGAAUUUUAAAAUCCACUUCUCUGCCCCCCCCCCCCCAAAUUUUAUGGGACUUAAUUUAUGUGUGUUUUUUCUGUAGAGCCUUAAAACAUGUUUGAUUUAACUGCUGGCUUUACGUAUUCAGUCUCUUCUUCAGUGGCUUCCACUGUGUUUGUAUUCUUCCAGUGGGUGAUAUUCCCAUCUUGUUCAAAAUAGCUGGGUUUUAAAAUCAGAAACGGGCAACUGCCUGUUGUAUCCAGUCACACUGGAUCGGAUAUUGGAUACACAUCACAGCACCAGACUCUGAAAACAGGGGCAAGGUUAAUCUCAAGGUCUACCUGCUGUUUUAAUAGGAGAAAACCAAACAAUAUCACAGGUUUAUAAAUAUCCAGUAAUAACUAAUCACUCUGAAAGCUAAAAGAUUCCAGAACUGGUUCUGAGCAAGUACAUCCUAUCUUUUGAAUGUGUAUGCAUAAAAAAUAUGAAAGGUCCAAAUAGCAAAAUGUCAUGGGAUCCCAUAGUCACCUUAGAUCUGUUCCUGUGACAGAGAUGGGAUAUAAACUGAAUAAAUAUAUUGUACUUUAUUGUAAUUGUAUGCACAAUAUUUAUAAUAGUGUUGUUCAUAAAGCAAAGUUUGUUUACCUUGAACUGUCAGAAAGCUAAGAUUUUUCUUACAGCUACCCAUGUGAACAAUUUCAGAUUUUUGGGGAUUUUGGAAUUCCAGACAAGGGAUUCUCAACCUGUAAGUAUUUAUAGGAUCAAAAUAAAUCCUGCAUCUUUAUUUGGAUCAGUAGAAUGUUGUUGGUACUAAUAGGGAUGGAAAUAAAAUUUUAAAUAUGUUUCAGUUAACAUGAGCAAUUAUUUUGCAGCUUUCUGAAAAUUCUGCUAAAUGCCAGCCAUCAGUGUGAAACCAACUGUUUGAAUCCUAAGGACUCGUUCUUGUUAAUAUGUACAAAAAUUUUCUCGUGUUUGUAAAUUUAAUGAACUUAUGUCCUUAAUGAUUAUAAAGAUGAAAUGAAUUAGAAGCUUGUCAUAAUUAAUCCCUGGGGCUAUAGUCCAACUGAGAGUUAAAACGCGAUUUCUGUUGGCUGAAGCAUGUCUAACAGAUUGUGGCCCAUGUGUGGACAGCUAUAAAUUCAUCAUGUAUAUCUGUUAUUUACGGGAGGACUAUCCUUUCCAGUUUUGUAUCUAAGCUCUAUAAUGCAAAUAUAUAAAAUUCUGUUCAGGGGGUUUAAAAUUAGAUAAAUGCAAUACAUUUUUUUUCUUCCCCUAACCAGAUCAGUUCAAUAAAUCUUUUUGCAAGUCUUAAA